AUGCAUAUCAACGCGUUUCGGAGGGACAAGGGCUGGGGCAGGGAUGGCGCUGAAUUGAUAGUAGCGUUAGUGGCAGCAGGGGAGGCAGGGCUUGUGCUAGUAGCGAGAGUGACUGUAACGAGCGGGUGUUUGAUGCGAACACUGCAGCAGUGGCAGGGGAAGGCAGGGCUGACAAGGGUGGGGAGCAGCAGGCUGGUGAGGGGGACGCUGGGGGGAGCGCUGGGGAGAGCGCUGGGGAGAGCGCUGGGGGGAGCGCUGGGGGGAGCGCUGGGGAGAGCGCUGGGGAGAGCGCUGGGGGGGAGCGCUAGGGAGAGCGCUGGGGAGAGCGCUGGGGGGAGCGCUAGGGAGAGCGCUGGGGAGAGCGCUGGGGGGAGCGCUGGGGAGAGCGCUGGGGAGAGCGCUGGGGGGAGCGCUGGGGAGAGCGCUGGGGAGAGCGCUGGGGAGAGCGCUGGGGGGAGCGCUAGGGAGAGCGCUGGGGAGAGCGCUGGGGGGAGCGCUAGGGAGAGCGCUGGGGAGAGCGCUGGGGGGAGCGCUAGGGAGAGCGCUGGGGAGAGCGCUGGGGGGAGCGCUGGGGAGAGCGCUGGGGGAGGCGCUGGGGGAGGCGGUGAUGGUGAUGGGUCUCAGGAAGGGCAUGCUGAGCCCUUGGCAUCACUCUCGUUCCGAACAGCAGCGGAUUCUCUCCCCUGCACUGAAGCAACUGCUUCCCUGGCUUGCACUGACGCAAUCACGUCCCUCCCCCGCACGGAAGCAUCUGCAGAAUCCUUUUCUGGGAGCUUGCUGGCGUCAGCAACUCUCCCCUCGGCCUUGCUGUCAGUGCUGGCCAAUAGGGGAGAAGCAAGCUUGGGGAAAUGUCAGCAGCCCCGUCGUCUGUCUGUCCCCUGCCGCCCGGCCUCGGCCGCCAGGUGGCGUGCCACGUGUGGCCUGCCGUCUCGUGCGGCCAUCGAGAGAGAUGCUGAGCUGGCUGCCAGGCUGGCAGAGAUCCGAGCUGGAUACGCUGGGCGGUGGGUGGGAGAGGAUAAGAUCGGGCGGGAGGGCUCGGGGGUACACAGUCAGCUGGAGAGUCGGGCAGGGGAAGAGGAAGGGGAUGGAGGGAUGGUGGAGGAGAGAGUGGGAUUGGGGGAGGGCUGGGGAGAGGGAGAGGGAGAAGUGUUGGUGGAGGAAGUGCCGUUAACUUUGGAGAGAAUUGAAGCAGCUUUUAGUCGAUUCAGUAGCGUUGUUGAUUUGUGUGAGCGAGGAGGGGGAGAAGGAGGGGUAGAAAGGGGCGAAGGAGACGGGGAAGGAGUGAGAGGAGAGGAGGAAGGGGUGGGAGGGGAAGGGGAAGGGGUGAGUGGAGAAGGGGAAGGAGUGGGUGGAGAAAAUGAAGGAGAGAGAGAAGGAAAAGAGGGUGGAGAAGGAGAGGAGAAAGGAGUGAGAAGAGAGGGAAGGGAGGCAGGGGAUGGGGAGCAAGAGGAAGGGGGGAAGGGAGGGGAAGGAGGAGAAAGAGCACAGGGAGGGGAGGAGGUGGCGAGGGUAGUGGGCAGGAUAGAGGAGGCAUUUGACCGACUCAGCAGCCAUGUUGACGAGCUGGCAGCACUCAAGGCACAACAGGUUGCUGCUGCUGCCAGUGCUGCUGCUGCUGUCAGUGUUAGUGCUGCUGCUGCUGGCAUUGUUACUGCUACUGCAUCUGCUCCUGCUGCCAGUCCUUGUGGUGCUGCUACUGUGCGGAAUGUAGCUGCUGCUACUGUGGGGAACGCGGCUGUCCCUGCUGCUAAUGCUGGCAAUCCAGUGAAGAGGGUGUAUAGUAUCCGAGUGAAACCGGCCCACAUGCAUGCUGCUGUGAGGGCAGCCGUGCAGGCAGUGCAGGCUGUGCCAUGGGGGCAGGUGGGGCAAAGGGAACGGGGGCAAGGGGUGCACGGGCGAGGCAUCUCAACUGCAGAAGCAGCAGAAGGAAGUGCAGCAGAAAGUGCUUCCUGGAAGGGGUUAGUGCCGGAUCAGCUGCCAAUCACCACCGUUGGUGCUGAAACUGCUGUGCGUGAUUCGAAUGCACCUGCUGCAUUCAACGGCCCAGAUGCCCCGGCUGUGUUUCCGGAUCCAGAUUCCCCUCCUCAUAGGGUAACAGGUGAUGGCUACGUGGAAUCUGCCCCUGUACCGUUCUCAACCGUUGUAUUUCCUGCAGAAUCAUCACUCUGCUCCGAUGAGGAUAUUCUGGCAGCAGCAGCAAUGGUCGAGGCAGCCAUAGGGAGUUUCGCCGCAGACUCCAGGGUAAUUUACCCUCGCAAAAAAGGGGAAAGGGGAGGAGCAGGGGGAGGCGAAGGGGGAGGGGGAGGAGCAGGGGGAACGGGAAGUGGGGUGAUGCGAGCGCCGGCAAAAGUGGUGGCAGAGGGAGGGGUGGGACCAGGGAUGAUUGUGAGGAGGAAGGCAGGUCAAGCCGCUCGCAUGUGGGCUGUUCCCACAAUGGAUUUGGAAUCCGCUCUAGAGGCAGCUAUGGGGGCUGCUGAUAGGGUGGAGCAGGGGGGUGUUUGUGAGUCAGAAGCAUGCAGGGCAACACAGGACAGCAACGGGAUGGGCCAGAGGAGAGGAGAAAGGAGGGAGCAGGUCGUGACUAUGAGUCUGGAUUCGACCUCAGAGGCGGGUGCGGGGGUGGCUGAUACUGAUAGGGUAGAGCAGGGGGGUUGUGACAUGAUGGGUCAGAUGAGGGGAGAGAGGGAGCAGGUCCUGACUAUGAGUCUGGAUUCGGCCCGUCGCAAGUGGGGUGUUCCGAGCAUGGACUUGGAAUCGACUCUUGAGGUGGCUGUGGGGUUGGCUGAUAGGGUGGAGAAGAGGGCGGGUGUUGACACGAACCAGGGGCAUGCUGUAACGCGUAUGGAUGUGGACAGGAGUCAGAUGGAGCAUGACUAUGCUGCUUUAGGUGACAGCAUUUCCGCUUCUCUUACGCCGUCUGGGUGGAUGUUUUCACCUGCGGCUUAUGACGCUCUUGAGGAUGCUCUUAGCGAGUACGACGAAAGGAGUGUGAGCAUUGGCAGCAGAAUCAGCAGCUCUAAGGGGGGAGGGGGGUCGGCUUUUCCGAUCUCGUGCCUGGGAGGGGGGUUUGGGAGAAAGCGGAAGGGGAAGAGGAAGGGAAAGGGGGCGUGGAAGGGGAUUGGGAAGAGGAGGGAGGGGAGGAACGCCAAGGUUCGCAGCAGUGCUCAAGUCCCUCAGCAGACCCGCCGGGACGUCUAA